GAAUCGCGGUUAUAACAAAUUAUAACGAAAUAAAACUCAUAAAUCAUCUGAGUCAGAAAAUUUUUCACAAUCGUACAUUAGAAAAAAUCAUCGAUUUUCUUCUGUUUCACCAACCUAAUUAUCCGUCGUCUUGGAUACGAAAAAUUUUUUGAAAAAAAACCAAUUUUAAAUUUGUCAAAAACAAACAUGAAUUUCAAAAUAAAUGAGAUAAAAACGUCAACCUCAUUUUGUUCACAAUUCAUUCAUCGAAACAACAUUGUUGGAUGAUUGGAACAUAAUUGGAACAACAAUGGAAAAAUUCAGCUUAUUCAUUGUGACUUUAUUAUCAUUCAAUCAAAUUAUUCCUGGUGAAGCUUUUCUCGAAGGUUUUGCUCAUUCCAUAAGUCAGAUGAAUGAACAAUUGACGAAAUUUAUGGAAGGUCUACAAGAAAGCGUCGAUUCAUGGGCAGAUAAAGUACUGGACAAUGCAAAAACUGAAGAAUGUUUUUACAUUUGUCCAAAAGGUCAGGAUCCGAUUCCCAAACCGAACUAUACACAUACACCAAUCGGUUGCGUUACAUUCGGAAUGCAGGUAAAAGCAGAAGAUUUACCAUCGAAAAGUAUGAAAAUAUGUUGUGAUCAACAACAAAUAUGCUAUCAUCGUUGUAAUUCGACUAAAAUCGAAUGUGAUAAUGGAUUUCAAAAAUGUCUACAUGAUCAAUGUAUUGAAAUAAGUCAUGAUAAUAAACAGGUGGUCGUUUGUGAAACGGCAACAAAAUUAUUGUUGAUGGGAAUAUUAUCAUUUGGUUGUAAAACAUUCAAGGAUGCUCAACGUGAAUCAUGUAUCUGUCCACCGGUGGAUACAUCGGCUACAGGAGAAUUGUAAUACGAUAUUCUCAUCAAUCGCAUAAUUCUGAAAUGAAAAUUUAUCACAAACACAUUAAAAUGCAAUGACAUUAAAAACAAACAAUGAAUUUAUUUUGUUGUUCAAAAAAAGA